AUGCUGCAGCGCAUACCAGCAUAUCGAGACCCCCUUGUGCAGGUUCUUAGCGAUGCGCUAAAGCGGGCGUUAGAUGUCUACCGCCGUGAAAUGUCCGCUGGAGUUUCGGUUGAGUUUGAGUGCCGUCUUGGUACCUUUUCUGCAUCACGGCAUACCUACACACACUCGUUCCCCACCCAUACUACUACUCCGGCAUUGCUGGAAGGACAAUCUACCAUCCCGUUCUUCUUCUUUGCUGGUGUGGCCCAGCCAACUUUUCAUGCGCUACACACAGCACUUAAAUCCACUGCUGGAUUCUCCAUGCCAGCACGCUCUUCUACAGUACUCUCCGUGCGUACGGCAGGCCCAACACGUCUGGAGUAUGCAAUGAAUGCUACUUGUAAUACUGGAAGACUGAUAGCAGUGGUGGAUAAGGAGCGAAUCCUCACAAAUGAUAUUCGUUGCCCGCGUUGGGCCUCUGAUUUCCGCGUCUCGGUGUCUCGUGAGAAAUCUAUCCGUGCCGAUGCAUGGGGGAAGUCCGAAUGGGCGGCGUUUACUCCGACUGUAUCACGUCUGCGGCAACGCAAAACUAUUCGUGUAAGUCCGCUACUCUCACUAGAUAUCGCCAUGGUACGCUCUUUCACAGAUCACACACGUUUUACUGUACCAUGGUCACCAGAGUUGCAUGUUCCGUUUAUUAGUGCUCCCCAAGUCUCUUAUGAUGUGGAGUUGGAAGUGAACAUCUCGGCAUUGUAUCGUAUGGUGAAGCAAACACGAUUGUUAGACUCUACCGUAGAAAGGACAUCUCAGGAUGUGCUCGCCGUGUUGCAGUUCCUAACAUUGAAGAGGGAAAACAUUGGGACAACUACUCCCUAG